AUGCCUCUCUGGAACAUCAAACACAGCCCCAACCUGGUCUCUCCCUCCGAAAAACAAGCCAUCGCCGAAGCAGCCACCGCAAUCUACAAAUCCGUCGGCCUCCCCGCCUUCUACGUCCAAGUAAUCUUCACUGAGGUCCCGCCCCACUCCCUCUUCGUAGGAGGAGAAGUACACCCAAAAUACGCAAACAUCCAAAUCAACCACAUCGCUAGAUCCAUUCGUCGUCCUGAGGAUAAGAAACGCUUUCUGGAUAGUCUUGAUAUAGUUUUCACGCGUUUGUUUGAGGGGAAGGGCGCGAGUUGGGAGUAUUUUGUGGGGGAGACAGAGAGGGACAUGUGGAAGAUCAAUGGGAUGCAUCCUCCGGAUGAGGGAUCGGCUAUGGAGAAGAAGUGGGUGGAGUUGAAUAUACCUGUGAAGGAGGGGGGAUUUUAG